CCUGAUUUCAUUUUUUGUGUUUCAAUUUCUCCUUUCAAACCCCUCGCCCUCCGCCCCUCCGGCUACCAAUCUCCGCCCUCAUUACCACCCCGACCUCCUUCGCCAAAUCUAUUUCUCCGACGUUUAUUCAUAGUCCAACUUCUUUACCCCUCAACAAUUUCCCUAGAAAAUUCCCAAUUGCCAGCCAAUUCUUAUGCUAGGGUUUUAAAAUGCUUGUCAAUAAUUUCGAUCACGGGAUCAAGUCGGAUUCUAAAUCGAUAAACGAGUCGGUGAAUGGCUCUCAUGAUUUCACAAUUAGAGGCUACUCCCUCGCUAAAGGAAUGGGUGCCGGUAAAUAUAUAUCUAGCGAUACCUUCUCGGUCGGUGGAUACGAUUGGGCAAUUUACUUUUACCCCGAUGGGAAGAAUUUGGAGGAUAAUUCCAUGUACGUUUCGGUGUUCAUAGCUUUGGCGAGCGACGGUACGGAUGUGAGGGCGCUGUUUGAGCUUACCUUGUUGGAUCAGAGUGGGAAAGGAAAACACAAAGUCCAUAGCCACUUUGAUCGAGCGUUGGAGAGUGGGCCUUAUACUUUAAAGUACCGAGGAAGCAUGUGGGGUUACAAGCGUUUCUUCAGGAGGGUAAGUUUGGAAACAUCUGAUUAUCUCAAGGAUGAUUGCCUUUCAAUGCAUUGCACUGUUGGAGUUGUCAGAAAUCGUGUGGAAGGAGCCAAGCAUUUUAGCAUUGCUAUACCACCAUCUGACAUGGGUCAAAAUCUCAAAUACUUGUUGGAAACUGAAACUGGCUGUGAUAUAGUUUUCCAUGUUAGGGAUGAGACUUUCAAGGCUCAUAAAUUGAUACUUGCAGCUCGGUCUCCUGUUUUUAGAGCCCAGUUUUUUGGACUUGUUGGAAAUCCUAACAUGGAUGAAGUAGAGUUGAAGGACAUUGAACCAUCUAUUUUCAAGGCUAUGCUUCUGUUCGUUUACUCAGAUAAGCUUCCUGAUUCACAAGAAAUCACGGAUUCAAUGUCAAUGUGCACAUCAACUAACGUGAUUCAGCAUCUGUUGGCUGCUGCUGACCGCUUUGGUCUAGAUCGGUUGAAACAGUUGUGUGAAGCGAAAUUGUGUGAAGAAGUUAAUGCUGAUACGGUGGCAACAACCCUUUCUCUUGCUGAUCAGCACCGCUGUUCUCAGCUUAAGGCCAUCUGUCUGAAAUUUGCUGCGGCAAACUUGGGAGCGGUGAUGCAAACAGAAGGGUUUAAAUAUGUAGAAGAGACGUGUCCAUCGUUGAUAUCUGAGCUUCUUGAAACGGUUGCAUCAGUGGCGGUGGACGAGAGAUCAGGUGAAGGAUCAAGUAGGAAGAGAAGUGGGAGCAGCGUGAUGGGUUUAGAUUUAACAGAAUCAGCGGAUCCUAACAUGAGGCGUGUGCGUAGACGCCUAGACGGCGGAUGUAAUCUAUAACAUUUUUCUUAUUAUUUUUAGUUUCGUUUUGUUUUUCUUUUCUUUCCAACUGCAAUGGAAAAAUGAAUCAAAUUUCGGCUUUUUUAUCAACUCAAACUGCUAAGCUUUUAUUGCGCAACAUGUUCAUAUUUAGUCUGC